AUGGUAUCUUUGACAGUGUUCCGUUCCCUCCAUAUCGACUACCAGCCUUUUAUGGGUGAUACUCGGACCCGUAGGAGUGUCCAUGAGGGAAAGGGAAAUGAAACUGAUCGUGUCUCUUUGACUGGAUCAUCACGUCUUCAGCAGGAGAGGAACAACGUGAGUAAGGAGAUUCAUUAUCGUGUACCUGUCUCACAUAAUAGUGGUUAUGCCUUAAGGAAUAAUGAUCGGGAAUCAAUCCGAUCACGUUUAAGAGAUAGCGGAAAACAUACCUAUCACCAUUCUGAUAGACUUAUGAGAGGAAGGGAUGACAAGUCAAGAUACAUGCGCUACAAGAGUUCUCGCCAUGUUUUGGUGCAAGUAAUGGAUCAAACUCAACAAAGCAAUGAGGCUACUUCUGCUGGAGAAGAGAGACAGGGUAAGCGGCUGGCAAGUACCAUUGUCUCCUCAGAUUUUCGAGCUAGUAUGGAGGCGAUAGGAAAUGAUCAAGUCAUCAGGGCUUUAAGUGGUAUGGAGAUACAAGCUGAGGAGGAAGAUGGUGAUAAUUUGAUGGUAUUGGACGAUCUGUUUGAUGAGGAGCUUAAGGAUAUGGAGGAAAAGCAUGAUUCUGGAGCUUUAGGUCCAUUACGAAGUAAACAGUCAUCCAAAUAUUCUAAGAACUCAAGGAGCAGUAACAGGAGAAAUCCCUCUUUAGAAGUAAAAAAAUAUGAGUUCCUUCGUUGA